AGCGUGAGGCGCCUGAGGGAGAAGGGCGUGGCCUGCCGUGAGGGCGGCCCAAGAUGGCGGCGCGGCCGUGGCCGCUGCUGCUGCUGCUGCUGCUGGCGGGGCCGGGCCGGGGCCCGGGCGGCUCCUCCGGGCGGCUCCGCCUGGGCCUGGGGCCCGGCCCGGCCGCCGGCUACUUCCCCGAGGAGCGCUGGAACCCGGAGUCGCCGCUGCGGCCGCCGCGCGUGGCCGUGGCGCUGCUGGCGCGGAACGCGGCCCACUCGCUGCCGCUGGUGCUGGGAGGGCUCGAGAGGCUGAGGCACCCCAAGGACAGGAUGGCGCUGUGGGUGGCCGCUGACCACAGCGUGGACAACACCUCUGCUCUGCUGGCCGAGUGGCUGGGCCGCGUGCGGGGCCGCUACCACCGCGUGCUCUGGAGGCACCAGGAGGAGCCCACGUCCUUCCCCGACGAGGAGGGGCCCAAGCACUGGAGCCCCGCGCGCUACGAGCACGUGAUGCGGCUGCGCCAGGAGGCGCUGGAGGCCGCCCGCGCCAUGUGGGCCGAUUACCUGCUGUUCCUGGACGCAGACAAUGUCCUGGUGAACCCCGACACGCUGGCCGUGCUGGUGGCCGAGAACAGAACCGUGGUGGCCCCGAUGCUCGACUCGCGCGCGGCCUACUCCAACUUCUGGUGCGGCAUCACCCCCCAGGGCUAUUACCGCCGCACCCCCGCCUACCUGCCGAUCCGGCGCCGGGAGCGCCGGGGCUGCUUCGCGGUGCCGAUGGUGCACUCCACCUUCCUGCUGGACCUGCGGCGCGAGCGCUCGCAGAGCCUGGCCUUCCACCCGCCCCCGCCCGGCUACAGCGGCGCCUUCGACGACAUCAUCGUCUUCGCCGCCGCCUGCCGGCACGCCGGGGUGCAGAUGUUCGUGUCCAACCGGGAGCAGUUCGGGUUCCUGCCGGUGCCGCUGCGCUCCCAGAGCUCCCUGCGGGACGAGGCCGAGAACUUCCUGCACGUCCAGCUGGAGAUCAUGGUGAAGCUCCCUCCGGCCGAGCCCUCCCCCCACGUGUGGGUCCCUCCCAAGGUCCUGGACAAGCUGGGAUUCGAUGAGGUGUUCCUGAUCAACCUGCGCCGCCGCUCGGGGCGCCGCGCGCGGAUGCUGCGCUCGCUGCACGCGCUGGGCGUCUCCCCGCGGCUGGUGGAGGCCGUGGACGGCCGGGCGCUGAACCGCAGCCAGGUGGAGGCGCUGGGGGUGCGGAUGCUGCUGGGGUACCGGGACCCCUUCCACGGGAGACCCCUGACCCACGGCGAGGUGGGCUGCUUCCUCAGCCACUUCCGGGUCUGGCAGGAGAUCUCGGCACGGGGCCUGCAGCGCUCGCUGGUGUUCGAGGACGAUCUGCGCUUCGAGGUUUUCUUCCGCAGCCGCCUGACGGAGCUGAUGGAGCAGCUGGACGAGGCGGCCAUCGACUGGGACCUCAUCUACCUGGGCCGGAAGCGGCUGGAGCCGGAGCGCUCGGAGCGCGGCGUGCCGGGCGUGCGGCAGCUGCUGCGCCCGGGCUACUCCUACUGGAGCCUGGGCUACGCGCUGUCCCUGCGCGGCGCCCGCAAGCUCCUGGCCGCCGAGCCCCUGGGCAAGAUGAUCCCGGUGGACGAGUUCCUGCCCCUCAUGUUCGACCGGCACCCCAGCCCCGAGUACUCCCGGCACUUUUCCCGCCGGGACCUGCUGGCGUUUUCCGCGGAGCCGCUGCUGCUCUUCCCCACGCACUACACGGGGGAGCCCGGCUACGUCAGCGACACCGAGACCCCCCCGGAGCCCCCCGGAGCCGGGCCGGAAUUCCCGCGGGAAUCCCGCAGCUCCCAGCCCCCGAGCGCCCCGGAGCCCCCCGAGAUCUGGGACGGGGAGGAAUUCCUGCAGGAGCCCCGGAAUUCCCAACCCCGGCACGACAGCGACGCCCGCGACGAGCUCUGAGCCCGGAACGUCCCCGGAAUUGGGGAUGGGGACGAAUUCCCACGGGAAUCCUGGAAUUUCUAUCCUCAGGGCCCCCCGAAAUCUGGGAUGGGGAGGAAUUCCCACGGGAAUCCUGGAAUUCCCAGCCCUGGAGUCCCCUGAAAUUCGGGAUGGGGAGGAAUUCCCGUGGGAAUCCUGGAAUUCCCAAUGCCAGAGCCCCCCGAAAUUUGGGAUCACAGGGAGAAAUUCCGGUGGGAAUCCUGGAAUUCAUGACACCAGAACCCCAAAACCCCCUGAAAUUUGGGACAGGGAAAUUUGGGAUGACGGGGAGGAAUUCCCGUGGGAAUCCUGGAAUUCCCAAUCCCAUAAAUUUGGGAUGGGGAGGAAUUCCCACCCCCAGCACAACACCGUGACCUCCGGAGCCCCCCAAAAAUAUCCCCAAAAUUUGGGAUGGGGAAGGGAAAAAUUCCCACAGGAAUGCCAGAAUUCCCACCCCCAGCACAACACCCAGAGCCCCCCAAAAAUAUCCCCAAAAUUUGGGAUGGGGAGGAAUUCCUGCAGGAAUCCCGGAAUUCCCAACCCUGGCACGACAGCGACGCCCGCGGCGAGCUCUGACCCCAAAAUCCCCAAAAAUUUUGGGGGAUUUUUAUUCCCAAAUAAAAGUUUUUAUUUUUA